AUGCGUUCACUGAUUCUUUUACUUCUUCUUGUCGGCACAGCACAUGGUUUGCUUGGAACUAUUAGCAAUUUAUUUAAUAAUGUUGGCAAUACAAUCCAAUCAGUGACUAAUCAAAUAUCUCAAACAGCAACAAAUUUAUGGAAUAGUGCUACAAAUCAAGUGAAUAAUGUUGUUGGUAAUGUAGUGGACAGUGCUGGUAAUGUUUAUGGACAAUUAGUCAAUACAGCCAAUGGAGUUCAGUUUGCUGCUAAUUUUCUAUGGGAUAAUGUCUUUGGUCCAGCUUAUGACAUGUUAGUUGAAGGUGGACAACUAUUUCUUGAUGAUAAAUUUGGAAAUAUUGUUAGUUCUAUUGGUCGUCGUUCAAUUUUACCCGAAAAUAGUCUUUCAACUAAAUAUGCUGAAUUAACAGCUCGGUUUAAAUCGACUCUUCAUGAUUUAUAUGAAGGUUUAUUUCAAAUGGAAAAAGAAGCUUUAGAUGCUUUACAAAAAGGUGAAAAAAAUAUAGAAGAUAAAAUUCGAGCAUUCUAUGAUCGACUUGAUGAAAUUCAUAAGAAAAUUAAUCAAUUGGCUGUUGAAAUGAAACAAGAAUUAGAAUCAUAUGCACUAACAAUUCAAGGUGAUACAUGGGUACAUAUUCUUAAUCAAUACACUCAAAAUAUUGAAACAAGUGUUAAAACAAUGGGUAGAAUGUUUCAACAAUUAGCAGAAAGUUUAAUGAAAAAUUUAAUUAAUGCAGCUCUUACUAUUAUUCCUGAUGCUUUAGCUGCCAUUCAAAAUUUAAAACAACAAGGUCUUCUUACAUUUCUUAAUCAUUAA